UCGUAACAGCUGAAUGUCAAACGUACAGUGACAACUAAAUAAUUUAAAUAUUAAUUUUAUUAUGGGUGACGAAAAAUUAAAUUCUAGUAAAAAAUGUGAUAAAAAUAAUUUUAAUGUCAUAAUUAUUGGCGGUGGGAUAGCUGGACUAUCCGCCGCUAAUUAUCUUAUUAAAAAUGGCAUGGAAGACUUUGUAAUUUUAGAAGCUAGAAAACGUAUCGGUGGUCGUAUCGUAUCCAUACCAUUGAAGAAUCACAACAUAGAGUUGGGAGCUAACUGGAUUCAUGGUGUAUUGGGGAACCCUAUAUUUGAAAUGGCUAUGGCGAAUAGUCUCGUGAACAUUAUCAACAUACCCAAACCUCACAAGGUAAUAGCAGCUACAGAAGACGGAAAGCAAGUACCCUUCGGAGUUCUUCACGAAAUACAUGAAGCUUACGUAUGCUUUCUAAGGCGUUGCGAAGAAUAUUUCCUUUGUCAAUACCUUCCACCUCCUGAUAUCCACAGUGUUGGAGAACAUAUAAACUUGGAAGCUACUAUUUAUUUAGAACGCUUACCAUCAUCCGAAGAAAAAAAACUCAGAAGACUAAUAUUUGAUUGUUUGCUGAAAAGAGAAACUUGUAUAUCUGGAUGUAAUAGUAUGGAUGAAAUUGAUUUGUUAGAAAUAGGUAGUUACACAGAAUUACAAGGCGGAAAUAUUAUAAUACCUACAGGUUUUAGUUCAAUACUUGAACCAAUGACAAAAAACAUACCUGGGUGUAAAAUAUUAUCACAAAAUCCUGUAAUAAAAAUUGUCUGGGAUUCCGAUCAGCACAGUUCAUUGAGGCCUUUGGAUGAUGUUGGAGAAGAGUCUGAAGAUUCAGAUCAAACAGUCAUUGAAGAUACUUCCAAAAUCUCUAACAAUGAUACUGUGAAUUCUGCUGAAGGUACUUCAAUUACAGAUGAGCACAAACCAAAGAAAAAAAAUUUUAAUUAUGUGGAAGUAGUGUGUGAAAAUGGACAAAGUUAUUAUGCCAAUCAUGUGAUAUGUACAAUACCAUUAGGUGUUCUCAAAGAAAAUUCAUCAAAUUUAUUUGAACCUAAAUUACCUCAGUACAAAAUGGAGUCAAUUGAAAGACUUUUAUUUGGUACAGUAGAUAAAAUAUUCUUAGAAUAUGAAAGACCAUUUCUAAAUCCAGAAAUAACAGAAAUUAUGUUAUUGUGGGACAAUUCAGUAACAUCUGAAGAUAUGUCUGACUCAUGGUAUAAGAAAAUUUAUUCUUUUAGCAAAGUCACUGAAACUCUUUUGCUGGGUUGGGUUUCUGGAAAAGAGGCAGAAUAUAUGGAAACUUUGUCUAUGGAAGAUGUAGGUACUACAUGCACCAAAAUAUUGCGAAAAUUUUUAAAUGACCCUUUUGUACCAGAGCCACAAAGAUGUGUUUGUACAAGUUGGAAAAAACAGCCAUAUACUCGAGGAUCAUAUACUGCACUUGCAGUAGGAGCCAGUCAAAGUGAUAUUGAAAGUAUAGCACAACCAUUAUUCAGAAAUGUUCAUGACAAAAAGCCAGUAUUGCUUUUUGCUGGAGAGCAUACCCAUAGCAGUUUCUACUCAACAGCUCAUGGUGCUUAUCUCUCUGGACAAUCUGUGGCGCGACGUUUAUUGGCUGCUGAUGACCCUACUGAAAAUAAUCUUGAUUGUCCUCGUUCAGCAGACCUCAACUCUUGGAUUCAAGGUAUACAACUGGAAGAGUAACAAGCCUUAAAGUUUAAGUGCUGGGCAUUAUGAAUGCCAUGCAAAUACAACUUUAGUACAGUGUCUUGAUUUCAGUGUAAAAACAUCUUUAGUAAAUACCUAAUAUUCUUUCAUGACUAAUAACGAAUUUAUAUUUUCUAGUAUCAGUAAAGUCUCUUGACCUUCAUAUUGAAAGUUUAUUAUAAAACAAUUACUAUGACUUAUGUGAACAGCCCUUUAUCACAAAAAUCAAUACUCAAGUACUCAAUAUGUUGAGCAAAAUAGUACAUUAUUUUAUUACUUACAGUGUAAGUUCUAAGGCUGUUCACGUAAGUCAUAGUAAUUGUUUUAUGAUAAACAUUCAAUAUGAAGGUCAAGAGACUUUACUGAUACUACACUACUACACACGCUUCUAUCUUAUUACUCAAAGAACAAGGAGCAUUUUUGUAAUUGAAUUAAAAAAAUAUACUGGUUAACUUUGUUUACUGUUUAGAAAAAAUGUUGCAAAAUAGAGAUAUAUCAAGCCAUAGUCACUAUUCACUCAUACUCUCAAGAAUAGUUUAGAGUAUAGAGCUUUCGAAAUAUGUAAACAACAUUUCUGCCCUUCUGACCUCUGAGUUGUAGUCCAUAUUUCAAAUGAUGUAGAUAUUUAGGUAUAAGAAGGUGAAACGUUAAAAUAAAAUAUACAUGGUAGGUUUCUGUCAUAUUCUCAUCAUUAAUAGAUCGCAAAUAUUAUAGUAUACAAGGAAACACAUGUUUUUGUCAGUUUAUCAUAGACCGAAACAUCACCACAGCUUAUUAUCGCAGAGUCAUUAAGAUCCUUACAUUCAGUAAGGACCUAUCACAUCUGAAAUAUUAU